UGCGCUGUCGCUGUCCCUGGGGGCCGGCGGCGAGCCCGGGAUCAGAGCAAAUCCGGAGGGCGGGAGUUGGGGCAGGUCGGUCUCUCCGUCCAGCCGGCCGCGGACGCCAAGGCGGGGUGGCGGGCGAAUUCGGUCACCCCCUCGGAAACUGAGCACUGCACCCAGCUUUCCAGCUGCCUUUUAAAAUCUGCAAUUAAAAAAAAAACCGUCGUCCAAAUAGAAGGGGAGGGGGAGAGCAGUGUGUCUAAUGUCCCCAAAUGGAUCAGAAAUCAGGGAAAGGAGGCGCGCCGAAGUUUAGCAAAUAAACCAGGGCUCGUGCUUGGAUCUGUACGAAAAGGACUGCAGCCCAGGGUGUCGCGCGGGGUCUCAGGCUGGGAGACAAGUGCUUCUGAUCUCGCGGGAGCGAGAGGGUCGCGGCGGGGAUGGGGGAAGGGCGCACGCUCGCAGGCUCCCCGCGAACCCCCUUUACCCCCCCCCCCGCCCUAGGGUCUUCUCCCCUAGAGAUUCCGAGUCCUGGGCCCCGUAGGGCCCAACUCGCCGCGGGGGGUGAAGGGGGCGAGGACGUCGCGACCUGGGUUAGGGACGGUCGUCUCCCGGGCAACGGGCUCCGCACAAGAUGGCGGACGAUAAAGAAAAGGAAGGCAAAGAGCUGGAAGUAGCAGAAUUGCACAGAAAAAUCAAAGAGGCUUUUGAAGUGUUUGAUCACGAGGCGAACAAUACAGUGGAUGUGAGGGAGAUCGGAACUAUCGUCCGGUCGUUGGGAUGCUGCCCCAGCGAGGGAGAGCUGCACGAGCUGAUCGCGGAGGUAGAGGAAGAAGAACCCACUGGAUAUAUUCGAUAUGAAAAAUUUCUUCCAGUGAUGACUAAUGUACUAUUGGAAAAAAGAUACAGACCAAUUUCAGAAGAUACCCUUCUUCAAGCUUUUGAGGUAUUAGAUCCAGCCAAACGUGGGUAUCUUUCUAAGGAAGAACUGGUCAAGUAUAUGACUGAAGAAGGCGAGCCCUUUUCCCAGGAGGAGAUGGAGGAAAUGCUGUCCGCUGCGGUUCACCCGGAGUCGAACUCCAUUUAUUACAAGGACUACCUAGCCAUGAUGGUGGUGGACGAAAACUGAACACUGCGGGGACUUAGUUCCUAACAGAAAGGGUCGUUUUGAACAUUGCUUGUCCUUGUUAACUUCACAUUUUACCUUCCAGUUCCUCCAUAUGCUACUUAAUGCCUCAUGGCAACUCUUUCAAGAUGUUUGUUUUUUAGAAGAUGAUCAUAACAAUUUAAAGCAACUUUAUUUGAUAUGUCUUGCCUUGUGGAAGGACAAAUUACUAAUUAUUUUAAAACUAUUCUUAAUACAUUUUAACAUUACCCAUGGAUUUUUGUUAACUUACUAUAAUAAAACUGAGGUUACCUUCAAAUUAA